UUUUUUUUUUAAAAUUAUUGUAUGGUCACUUCGCCAUCUUUUUAAUUUAAUCACAACUAUUUUUCAAAUCCAAUUUACACCGCAACAACGAAACAACUUUACAAGACAAUCCAUUCAAGCAUCAUGUCACCUCCACCAUCAUUCUAUCUUCAGCCAGAACAUGAACAUAGACGACGUACACGGACACAAACCCAUGAUAGCUGCACGCGUAGUUCCUCACUGGCAUCCACUCUUCGCUCUCCAACCACCAACAUUAAUGUCGACUCGUUAGGCAAACCACAACUUACUAAUCAAACUCAACAUCGACCACAUCAAUCCCACCAUUCCCGUGGUCCAUCCCACUUCACUCGUCAUACACCCAGUAAACCUAAAUCGCUUUUUAGGUCUUCCUCCACAUUUCCUUCCACGAUAAGCCUGACAUCCGCUCAUCCUUCCGCUCCCAAUCGUCUCCCUCUUUCUCCUCCUUAUUCUACUUUCUCCCCAGCAAACGUAUCAAGAGCUUCCACACUCAUUUCCACUCAACCACCACCUAUCGCUCUUGCAUUCCUCAAUCUUCUCGAUGAUCUCGGUAUUCUUCUUUUAUGUAAACCAUUACUUGAAUUAUGUAAUGUGGAAUGGAUUUCAUUAUUUGACGAUAUGGGGAUCUUUUAUCUAUGUGAACCGAUAGAAGCUAUUAGGAGAGCAUUAAGAAAACGGAAAAUUGGGAGGGUGGAUAGACAGAGAGGAGGUGGAAGUUGUCUAGGGAGUAUGAGUAGUAAGACUAGUAAGAGUAGCAAAAGUAGUAAGGAUACCUGGGAGAGGGAUACGGUAUCAUGGAUAUCGAGUUUGGUUAGCGAGAUGAGGAAGAGUAAAAGUAGUGGAAGUAGUGGAAGCAGUGAAAGUAAGAAACACUCUACUAGUGGGAGAAGGAGUAGAGAGAGAGAGCGGCAAAGUGAGAGAGAUAUGAUGAAGAAUAAGAGCGCCGAUAGUGUAAGCGGAAUUGGAAGUGAAAGUAAGAAUGGAAGUAUAAGCGGAAUUGGAAGUGGGUGUAGGAGUAAGAAUGGAAGUGUAAGCGGAAUUGGAGGUGGAAGUAUGAACGCAAGUGAGAGAAUCAGCGGCACGAAUAGAAGAAGAAACGAAAGAGCAGCGAGUAGUAUCGCUGCAAGUCAUAUAGGACAGAGCUUAAAAGGGAUUCGGAAGGAAAAGCAUAUUUAUUGAGUAAAAGGUAAAAGAGGUGUGGAAAAUAUAUGAUUACCAAUAUCAUUAUGCGAAUAUUGUGAAACCGACCUUUCAGAGGUGACGUUUUCGAAGAGAAAUCUGGGAAGGAGAGAGAAAUCUGAGAAUUGAUUAUAUAUAGAUGCGCCGAAAUAUCAUCUUCUUUUU